CGCCCACCCCUUGUGUAAGCAAUUUAAACCUGAUAGCAGACGAUCAUUUGCCUAUAUUUACACUGCAAAUCUUUGUUCACUUCAGAUCGACCCAAUAUCUCAUGCGCUUCUUUACCAUAAUCAUUGUCAUUUUUUUACGCGCAAAACUCCACCCGGGCGGUAAACCUCUUCUGAUUAUCGAUUUUUAAUGCAAGACAGAGCAGAACUUUGAUUGGUGCAAUCGAGAGGCUGUAGACUCCUGUCUGACGCGCGCCUGUGUUCUUUUCUACCCAUGGAAAUGGUCAGUACAGGUGCCUGAAUGUGCACAACGACAACAUUUUAAUAAUAUGAACUUAUUGCCAAGUGGAAUAUGUUUUUAUUUAUCUGUAGCAAUCUGCUGGCUAACGUCAAGGGUCGACGGAUCUUGGUGGUACAUGGGUACCCUCGGGUCGCAAGUGAUGUGCGACAACAUCCCCGGGUUAAUCAACAAACAGCGGCAGCUGUGCCGCCAGCAUCCCAAAGUUAUGCAGGCGAUUGGAGCCGGGAUUAAAGACUGGAUCGGGGAGUGCCAACAUCAGUUUCAGAACCACCGCUGGAACUGCAAUACCAUGGCGCGAGAACACAACUUGUUCGGACGCCUACUGCUGCGUAGCAGUCGUGAAGCGGCCUUUGUGCAUGCCAUCUCCUCGGCCGGGGUGGUCCACACGCUGUCCCGGGCUUGCAGCCAGGGAGAGCUGCAGUCGUGCUCCUGUGACCCCACCAAGAAGGGCUCGUCCCGGGAUGCCAAGGGGACGUUCGACUGGGGCGGCUGCAGCGACCAUGUGGAGCACGCCAUGAGGUUCAGCCAGUCCUUCGUAGACGCCAAAGAGAGAAAGGAGAGAGACGCCAGGGCUCUGAUGAACCUCCACAACAACCGAGCUGGGAGAAAGGCGGUGAAGCGGUUUAUGUCCCUGGAGUGUAAGUGUCAUGGCGUGAGCGGCUCCUGCAGCGUCCGGACCUGCUGGCUGGCCUUGGCCGACUUCCGCCGCACGGGCGACCACCUGCGGCGGCGCUACAACGGGGCGGUGCAGGUGGCUAUGAACCAGUAUGGCACGGGCUUCACCACCGCACAGCGACACUUCAAACGGCCCAGCAAGAACGACCUGGUCUACUUCGAGGACUCGCCAGACUACUGCAUAAGAGACCAAGAGUCUGGUUCGGUGGGGACGGGAGGGCGGGUGUGCAACCGGACGUCUCGCGCCGUAGACAGCUGCGAGGUUAUGUGCUGCGGCCGGGGCUACGAUACAACACGCGUCAGCCGCACCACCAAGUGUGAGUGCAAGUUUCACUGGUGCUGCGCUGUGCACUGCCGGGACUGCAACCAGGAGAUGGACGUGCACACCUGCAAGGCCCAAACAUGACUAUACCACCAACCAACCUCUUAUCCAGAUUUGGUCUGAAAUGGCAACCUAUUUCCUAUGGUGCGCUACUUUUGAGUAGUGCACUAACUAGUGAAUAGGGUGGAUUUUGGACAUAACGCCAAAUCAGUCUGACUUGCACCUGUAGGCUAUUGCACCAAGAACACCUUACAAUCUAAUUUUGUUCUUCCCUCACAUUCCAUUAUAUUUAUUUGCUCUCUCAAUAACCAAAAAACAUUUCUGAAAUGUAUUCAAAUUUGUAUAUGUAAAUACAAACUUUAUGUAAUUUAAAAGAAAGUUGAGUGUAUAGUUUAUGGAAACUGGUUGAUAGCAGACCUGACCAUACACCCCUGUCCUCAACCAGCCAGUUCCAGGACAUGCUUUAGUCACCUGACCGCCAUUUAUGUUCCAUGGCCCACAGGAAUAUUUAUUACAGUUGUGAUAUAUGCUUGACAAUCAAAAUUGUGUAGUAGAAGUUGCAGCAA